ACGGACUCGAGGACCCACCAGGGGUCACUGCAGCCUCAGAGCUAUUGUGCCCGCCACUCCUGGACACGACCCGCCGUGCGGAGGGCGUGGGACUGGGAGCGCCGAACGCCAGGGUCCGAGCAGAACUGCGCCCGGCCUUCCUAGAGCCAACCUUCCGUCUCCCCGGGAAACGGCUACAGCAAUCAGAACCAGGGCUCCGAACAGCCGAGCGGCCGGGGUAGUGCGCGCGGGUUCCGGUGCGGACCUGCCCGCACCUCGCCGUUGGACCACCUCCGCUCCGCCUUCCGCUCUCAGCCGAGACCCCGCCCGGAAGGGGCGCCCCUUCCCGGCCUCUGGGCCCCAGCUUCGUUCCAGGGCUCUCUGCAGACACUCGGGCCCGGCCCAGCUGCACCUGGGCUGCUCCCGCCCGGGGCGCCACCCCUCGCGCAGCCAAGAGAACUUUCCCGGGAGCCGCCGCGGCCUGCGCGCCCAGGGCACACCCCCACCCGCCCGCCAGCGCGUUCCCAGCCUGGGCGCCCGCUUCUCCGCCCGCCGGCGCGCCCGCAAGCCCUCUGACUCCCCAGUUCUCUGAAAAUCCCGGAGGAGCAGCGCUCCGCCGCCGCAGCAAAGGCGUUCUCGGAGGGCCAGCUUGAACUUAGCCACACACAACCCCCCGUGAUGAGUUCCACGGUCCCCAGACGGGAGCCGCGUCCCGCCACGAGCUGACUUGCACUCGCCGGUCUUGGACUGCGGGAGGGGCCGCGGCGCCCCCGCCUUCGGAGGAGCCCGAGCCGCAGGAUGCGCGGGGACGCGCCGCCGCCCUCUGUGCUCAGUUCCGCCGGCGCUUCCCCGGCGGCUCCCGGGCGCUGACUCCCGGGCUUCUCCGCCCUCCUUCCCUCCAGCCGGCGCCGGGCGGCUUGUCCGCGCGGCCCUGGACCUCGCCAGGAACCGGUCCCCUCGCCCUGGCCCCGGCGCCGACAAUAAAUUAAUGCUUCGCGCCUGAGGGGAGGGGGCGGCUCGGCGCCUGGGUCGCAGCUUUCUCUCCUGGCUGGAGACGGCCACAGCCAACAUGGGCUGCUUCUGCGCUGUUCCAGAAGAAUUUUACUGCGAAGUUUUGCUUCUGAAUGAAUCCAAGUUAACCCUCACCACCCAGCAGCAGGGCAUCAAGAAGUCAACGAAAGGUUCUGUUGUCCUUGACCACGUAUUCCGACACAUAAACCUUGUGGAGAUAGAUUAUUUUGGGCUGCGUUACUGUGACAGAAGCCAUCAGACAUAUUGGCUGGAUCCUGCAAAAACCCUUGCUGAACACAAAGAACUAAUCAACACUGGACCUCCAUAUACUUUGUAUUUUGGUAUUAAAUUCUAUGCUGAAGAUCCAUGUAAGCUUAAAGAAGAAAUAACCAGAUAUCAGUUUUUCUUGCAGGUGAAGCAAGAUGUCCUUCAGGGCCGGCUGCCCUGCCCUGUCAACAUCGCUGCUCAGCUGGGAGCAUAUGCCAUCCAGUCUGAGCUUGGAGAUUAUGACCCAUAUAAGCAUACUGCAGGUUAUGUGUCAGAGUACCGGUUUGUUCCUGAUCAGAAGGAAGAACUUGAAGAAGCCAUAGAAAGGAUUCAUAAAACUUUAAUGGGUCAGGCUCCUUCUGAAGCAGAGCUGAAUUACUUGAGGACUGCUAAAUCUCUGGAGAUGUAUGGCGUUGACCUCCAUCCCGUCUAUGGAGAAAACAAAUCUGAGUAUUUCUUAGGAUUAACUCCAGUUGGUGUUGUUGUCUACAAGAAUAAAAAGCAAGUGGGGAAGUACUUCUGGCCACGGAUUACAAAGGUUCACUUCAAGGAGACACAGUUUGAGCUCAGAGUACUGGGAAAAGAUUGCAAUGAAACCUCAUUCUUUUUUGAAGCUCGAAGUAAAACGGCUUGCAAGCAUCUUUGGAAGUGUAGUGUAGAACAUCAUACAUUUUUCAGAAUGCCAGAAAAUGAAUCAAAUUCAUUGUCAAGAAAACUCAGCAAAUUUGGAUCCAUGAGUUAUAAGCACCGGUAUAGUGGCAGGACAGCGUUGCAAAUGAGUCGAGACCUUUCUAUUCAACUUCCUCGGCCAGAUCAGAAUGUGGCACGAAGUCGAAGCAAGACUUACCCAAAGAGAAUAGCACAAACACAGCCAGCUGGAUCAAACAGCGUCAAUCGAGUAACAGGAAACAUGGAAAAUGGAGAAAAUGAAGGAACAACUCAAAUCACUGCACCUUCACCAAUAAAAAGCUUUAAGAAAGCAAAGAAUGAGAACAGCCCUGAUAUCCAAAGAAACAAAUCUCAUGCACCAUGGGAAGAAAAUGGCCCCCAGAGCGGACUCUACAACUCUCCCAGUGACCGCAUGAAAUCCCCGAAGUUCCCCUCCUCGCGUCGCCGAAACCCCUCCUGUGGGAGCGAUGACUCUGUACAGCCGACAAGGAGGAGGAAAGCCCAUAACAGUGGUGAAGACUCAGAUCUAAAGCAAAGGAGGAGGUCACGCUCACGCUGUAACACGAGCAGUGGUAGUGAAUCAGAAAAUUCUAAUAGAGAACACCGGAAAAAGAGAAACAGAAUACGUCAGGAGAAUGAUAUGGUUGAUUCAGCGCCUCAGUGGGAAGCUGUAUUAAGGAGACAAAAGGAAAAAAAUCAGGCGGACCCCAACAACAGACGAUCCAGACAUAGAUCUCGCUCGAGGAGCCCUGAUAUCCAAGCAAAAGAAGAGUUAUGGAAGCAUAUUCAAAAGGAACUUGUGGAUCCUUCUGGUUUGUCUGAAGAACAAUUAAAAGAGAUUCCAUACACUAAAAUAGAGACUCAAGGUGACCCAAUCCGCAUCAGGCAUUCCCAUUCACCGCGAAGUUACCGCCAGUAUCGCAGGUCUCAGUGUUCAGAUGGAGAGCGAUCUGUUCUCUCGGAGGUGAAUUCAAAAACAGAUCUUGUACCUCCACUUCCUGUGACACGUUCUUCAGAUGCUCAGGGUUCUGGUGGCUCCACAGUUCAUCAGAGAAGAAAUGGAUCUAAAGAUAGCCUGAUUGAAGAAAAAUCUCAGACAUCUACAAGCAAUCUGACUGGAAAACACAUAGCAAAAACAGUUAAAACUGUCCAAGCUUCACGCCUCAAGAUGGACUUGAUCCAGUGAAGGGCCAGAGAAUAGGGGUGGGAAGGGUGUGUGUGUGUGUGCCACCUUUACUUUCAAACUGUGAAUUAUUCAAAUAUCUUGGACCUGCAAAAAGUGUUUCUUCAGAAAAAAAAUGGGAGUCUGUUGCAUCUUCUAAAUGUUUAACAGUGUAUUUGUGCUGAAGGGCCUUUUUAUUUGGCAACUCAAAGAAGGGUUGAGAAAACUCAUGCCUUGAUGCCCUAUUUUCCUUCCUGGAAACUCCAGUUAUCUUGUGUCCACAACCAAGAUCAGGUGGUUCUGAUCAAAGGUCUGGAAUCCUAGUGUGCAGCUGCCUAGCUAGGUACACAAAGUGGACAAAAAGGUUCUUCCCAACUCUAGGUGGAUCUCAGCCUGUGCACAGAUGUAUGAAGACUGAGAUCUCACUUUCAGACUGAAGUUUUUAUUCAUAUAAAUGUUCUUUGUAAUACUGUAUUUUGUGGCAUUAAGUCCCACUGGUUAUUUACAAAUGUAAAAAGCCUUUUAAGUGUUGCUUUGAAUUUCUAGUGUCCUUGUGUUUUCAAAAAAAAAAAAAAAAAAAAGAAAAUGCUAUGUGUAGAUUUCAGUUGACCUCCGUUUAUAAAUUCAUGAAACCCAACCUCAAAUGGUCUCUCCAUCCUGCCUGGCUAUCUAACUCCCACCCCCAAAGAUGAGUUCAUCUGAGGAUGACUUUGCCACUCCACUUUCCAGAGAAAACAGAUACUCCUGCAGGACAUUAUCUCCCUACCCACAAACUUUCCAGCUGUCAUCAACACUAAUCCUUCCUUUCCUCCUGUCCCUGCACCUGUAUUUUGGAACCCCACUCUCCUUCAGCCUUCUUGUCCCUGUCCACUUCCUGUCAGCUACAUCCUUGCCAUUUGGUUUUAAACUAUUAACUCUCCCAUCUAAAAAAAGGAAAAUAAAAGCCAACCAACCUUUCCAACCACAAAUCCCUCUCCAGCUACUAUUUUCCUCUCCCAUUCCAAGUUUCUCAAAAGGAUUAUCUGCAGCUGGUGUCAAUUCUUCUAAUCCCGACUGUAAACUGUUAAGAUCCUCCUCCACUACACACCUUACACUAAAAUCACCUGUCACCAAAUCCCAAAGGUAACUUUAGGCUGCCCUGCCAUAUUUUUAGUGCAGUAUUUCAUUGUUUGCACUGUUCUGACCAUCUUUUACUGCUCUUCAGUAAGAUGCUAUUCUACCUCAUCAAUUAGUUUCUCAGAGCUUAGUCCUCUUCCUCUACCCCAGGUGGAUCUCAUUUAUGCCCAUAGCCUUAAGGUUUAUCUCCAUAGCUUAGUCUUUCUGCCAGGCCACUUAGAUUUUUCAAAGGCAAUCCCAGUUCAACAGUUUAAAAUGCUGCUCCCUGGAUUCAGGACCACUACCAUGUGAAUGUGCAAAACUACACACAUAGCAAUCAUUAGACACCUCCCCUAUUGCCAAGUCCUGUUAGCUCUGCUCUCUAUAGCUUAAUGAUCUCCAAAUUUUACUACCACCCUGGUCCAAGGUGGUCCUUUCUUGCUUCAACAACUGGCCCACCUGCAUCUCCUUUUUUACACAUGACAACUAUAAAAUUUCCCCUUGCUUUAAACAGAGCCCUAUGUGGUCUGUUGUUUUACCUGCUCAGGCUCAUUUUUUAACACCCAUGGGCUCCCUUAAUAGCCACCUUCAAGCCUCAUUAAGCACUCAACUCUUAUCUAAAUCAGGACGCUUAAGACGGAAAGUAACUACAACUGUCAUAAACCUGUAUCUUUCCUAGGCCAAGGCCUCUGCAUAUGCCAUUCCCAACUUUGCCUUGCAAAAAUGAUUAACUGCCCUUAAUCUCAACCGCUUUCUCAGGUUUCCUUGGUCAACUCAUGAAUGAGACUUGUCUCACAAAGGCAGUUUCAUAUCUGUGAUGGUAUGUCUGCCAUUCAACUCUAAGCUUCCAAAGGGAGGGACUGUGUUUUGCUCACCCUUGUGUUCCCACCUCCUAGUACGUUACUGAAAAACUCAAUAAAUGUUUCAAUGCCCAAA